AUGCACUUCAAGACUGUUGCCCUCAUGGCCCUAGCCUCCGUGGCCAUUGCCUCGCCCAACGCCGACCUCGCCAACAGGCAAGCCAGCAGCGUCGUCGUAAACCCCACUGAGGCUUCCGUCCUCUCAGUCCUCCUGACUGCCCUGCCCUCUUCUCUCCUCCAGAUCGCCAUCACCAACCAGGCCGAGGUUGGCAGCAUCAUUGCGUCCUCCUUCAGCGCUGGCGAGACUCCCGGCUGGUACUCAGCGUUACCAAACGACGUGAAGAGCUACCUGCCCAUUCUAUACGCCGAGCAGACCCCGACCUCGACCUCGACCUCGACCCCGACACCGUCGUCCAGCUCCAUCGCCUCGAGCACGCCCGCGCCAUCUUCGUCUUCAUCUGUCCUCACCGUUAUCUCCACCGCUGUCGGAACCGUUAGCGCAACCAUCUCGCCAUCCGGAAACGGCACUGUCAUUUCCACCGUCCACUCCCCGACUCUGAGCGCGACCAGCGCUGGCAGCGAGUCUUCCAUCGCCAGUGCCAGCGCCAGUGCCAGCGCCAGCGCCGCUGCUUCGUCCACCCAAACCGGAGGCGCGUCCUACCCGACCGCCGUCAUGGGCGCUGGCAUUGCAGGCGCGCUCGGCUUCCUCGGCAUGCUCGCCAUGUAA